AUAGUUGAAGCGUGGAAUAAUAUUCCAGCUGAUAUGAUCAUUAAUUCAUUUGAAAAAUGUGGUAUUCCUCAUAGUAUUGAAAGAGAAUUAGAAGAUGAACAAAUGAUAAUUCCAGUAGAAGAUAGAGAAAAUUAUCUGAUUGUUUACAUUGAAAAUCUGAAAUAUAUGCCCGAGUACUAUUGUGGAUGUAAAGGUUCUGAGUUCGUUGACCAAAAGGACAAAAGUGCCAAGAGAUAUGAGAAUGAAAUAGAGAAUGUGAAUGUUAAUUCAAGUGGUUAUUGUAAUUUGAAGAUGAAAGACAGAAUGAAAAUAGUAAACAAACCUAAAAGCCUUAAUGAAGAAAUGCCAGGAAUAAACAAUUGUAGUGAACAAGUGCAUAAAAUCGUAGUAAAUGAAAAAGAGAUGGCCAUAGUUAAUCUUAAGAAUUCUGAUGGAUGUAUGGAUCUUAGAGAUCAUGAUCAGUUGAAGCCAGUGAUAAAUCUGUAG